AUGCCCGACUGGAAAUCAGCCGCUGAAAUCCAGAAAGAUGCAGUGGCCUUUGGCAAACUUGUGCAUGCUCUGUUGGGAUUAUACGCAUAUGAAUGGUUUCUGACACUUGAUUUUGACCUGGAUUUUCUGCGGGGGAAAAGAAGGUUCCGGUGGCCAAUGAUCUUCUAUUUCGCCAACAGAUAUCUUCUCCUUUUCGCGUUGAUAGGCAUAUAA